UUGAAAAUGGGACAAAAAUACCAUUUCCCCCUGGCCAAAGCAAUGAGACAAAACUUGAUAAAUCUGUCUGCCUUUCUUGUAAGUCUGUAAAUGGUGAGGUGCGUAUUACAGACGCCACAGAGUGUGAUUAUAGUAAAUGAGAUAAACAAGAGUUCAUCUUUGAUCUUAUUGAACGUACUUUAUACUUUAAGCUAUAUUACCGUUAUUAUAUUGAUUAUUUUUCUUCUAUAAUGGAUAUUUUUUCUCCGUCUGGGUAUCACUCAUUCUCAGAUCUCCUGCAGCCCUUUCAGUUUUAGCAGCUCACCACAGCUCUGUGCAGCCUUGGGCCUCCCGAGUGAUCAUUAUUGGCUGUGAUUGACACGUUGGGAUGGUGUGCAUUUCAUCGAUGAGAAUUUUAGAGCCCGGGGGGCUCAUGAUCUUUCAGGGAUCGGUGCUACGUCACCCUUCAACCAUCCCAGGGGGGACAGUCGCAGAUCAGUUUCAAAUACUCUGCAUCUUUCUUCACCAAAGGCAAAACCAACCCAACCUGCCAUUUAGAAGUGUGCAGCGGACGACCUGGAAGGGGAAGCGACUGUAGUACCUCCCCUCAUGGUGUGUCGUCAGCAGUUUUAUCUAAGAGCUUGGCAGGAGCUGCACAAGAAAACAGGAGGAAAUCUGAUCCAUAUAUGGUGGCACUAUAAAGCAUGCAGCGGAUUUGCAGCCUUCAUCAAAACCUGGUCAAGACUACAUCACUGCUCAUGACUGGCAUCCUCCACUCACACCUGACAAGUGCACAUUGAACUUUUCACUCCUUCCUCUGCCUGAAUCCAGAGGUGCCUCAACCACAAGAGCUGAUUCUUCUUAGAGAGACAUGAAGUUACUAGGCCAGAUUGCUUUCUUGCUCCUGCUUGGGGGAAUCUGUUGUCAGAACAACCGUAAUGCUAAAUCAGGUGGUAAGUCCACAAAGAAGGCUGGUGGGAGCCAAGGAGGUGAUGUGGGCCAGUCAGCUCCUGUGGUGGAUCUGACUCCCGGAAGCACUGGUGGUACUGGAAGCACAAGAAGCAAUGAGGGCAACGUAGGCACAAGAGGGACUGGAGGAACUGGAGGAAAUGGAGGUGCUGGAGGCUCUGGAAGCACAAGAGGUACCGGAGGAACUGGCGGUGCUGGAGACAGUGGAAGCACAAGAGGCACCGGAGUAACUGGAGGCAGUGGAAACACAAGAAGCACAGGAGGAACUGGAGGUGCUGGGGGCAGUGGAAGCACAAGAGGCAUUGGAGGUACAGGAGGAACUGGGGGUACUGGCGGUGCUGGAGGCAGUGGAGGCACACGAGGCACUGGAGGUGCUGGUGGUGCGGGAGGAACUGGAAGCACAAGAGGCUCUGGAGGCACAGCUGAAGCAGGACGGGAGGGUGCUGCAGGAGCUCGAGCAGCUGGACAGCAGACAGAUGACAUGAGGCUGCACUUCCUCAAGAACAGCCAGGUUACAUGUAAUGAUGGAACAGCAGCUGGGUUUUACCUCAAGGAGUUCAGAGGAAGCCGACGAUGGUUGUUAUUUCUGGAAGGCGGCUGGUGCUGCUACAGCAAAGAGACCUGUGAUUCCAGGUACCAAAAUAUCCCACGACUAAUGAGCUCAUCAGCUUGGCCCCAGACAAAAAGAGGGACUGGAAUCAUGUCCUCUCAAGUGGAGUCAAACCCACACUGGUAUAAUGCAAACAUUGUAUUCAUCCCGUACUGUUCCAGUGAUGUAUGGAGUGGCACUGGACCAGCACCGACCCCUCCUCCACGGGCGCGACAAGGCAAAGAAAAAGAACGAGAGAGGAAUGUUAAUGCAACUGAGUACACCUUCAUGGGAUCCCUGAUCAUCCGCGAGGUCAUCAAAGACCUCAUCCCCAAAGGAAUCAAGCAGGCCAAGGUUGUAAUGCUGUCUGGCACCAGUGCUGGUGGGACAGGUGUUUUGCUGAACAUCGAGAGGGUGGCCAGUCAGCUGGAGCAGCUUGGCGCAGAGGCUCAGGUCCGAGGCCUUGUCGACUCCGGCUGGUUCAUAGAGAGUAAGCAGCCGAGAUCGCCAAACUGUCCGGAGACUGUUUCCUGCUCACCUGAAGAUGCCAUCAAGAUAGGACUCAGGCUGUGGAAUGGGGUUGUACCCGAUAGGUGUCGGCAGCUCUAUAAGAGAGGAGAGGAGUGGCAGUGCUUCUUUGGACACAAACUCUUCUCUACUUUGACCUCCCCUCUGUUUGUCGUGCAGUGGCUGUUUGAUGAGGAGCAGCUGAGGGUGGAGAACAUCUACGUCGGAGGACAGAGUCUGUCUGAGGAGCAGUGGCAGUACAUCCAGAACCUGGGCAGGGAGCUCAAAAACUCCCUGAGAGAUGUCACGGCUGUGUUUGCUCCAUCUUGCCUCUCCCACACUGUGUUGACUAAAAGUAACUGGAUGACCUUUCAAGUUAAAGGCACCUCUCUGCCACGGGCCCUGCACUGCUGGGACCGGAGUCUGGAGGCAACACGCAACAACAGGACCCCUUCCAAAGGUUGUCCUUUCCACCUGGUCGACACCUGCCAGUGGCCCCAGUGCAACCCCACCUGCCCAGCCUUGGUGGACCAGGCCACCCAGCAAAAGCUUACAUUGCUCCAGAUGCUUGUAGCCAUGGGCCUUGACCCACAGAGGCUGGGCUUGGAUCCCCAAGGAGAGGAAGAUUCUCUUGCCAGCAUGGUCAGCAAUGGUGGCUAAAGUGGGGGGAAAAAAGUGGAAAGCAGAUUUAGAAAAAGCCAUGUGCAGGCUUAACCGAGGGAGAAGAGUGUGUUGAAAUUUUUAUGUAACCAUAGAAAUAGUACGUGAAUCUGGUUACUAUGUCUCGUGCUGCACAGCAUUCCAUUAUGCUCCAUGUGUCUGUUCAAUUGGUGGCUGGUGGGUGUGUCACUGUGUCCAUGUGUCUGAGUGGUUUUGCACUCCCUCUACUGGACACCAGGGGAAAGAGAUUUGGUCCCAGAGUAAAUCUGUUUCGGUUGUACUGGUAGAGGAGGUUUACAUUUUAGUCGGUGGUUGGACGUUCUCCAUCGCCAUCUUUUCAUCAACAUGAAAAUUCAACUUCAGAUCACAGUAGCAGAGUUAUUACUGUUGCUGCACCUGCAAGAUGCCACAGUUAUAUAAAUAUAUAUAGAUAUGAAAAAGAGACACCUGUACGCGAUAUAGUAAAGCUGUUAGUAUUUAAAAUGGCUUUCAUUGAAGAUUAUUUAUUCUUUGUACCUGACUGCAGUAUUUUAAUACGAUAACGAAAACACUGCACCAAUACUACACAACAUUAUAGAUUGUGACUGUUAAGUUUUAGACUUUAGCUUCUGAUGCUACUUAUAUAAAGUAUAUAUUUUGCACACACCCAUGCAUGCACGCUCAUCUCUUACACUUGAUACACGUGAUAAGUUAUAUUUGAUGUAUCGUUGUCUAAACCAGUAGGGGAUUAUCUCUAUCCCAUUACAUUAACUUGCACAGGACAAUAUAUGACAAAUACAUAUAAAAACAAACUGUUGGUUUUCCUAUUUUUACAAAAACCCUGUGGUAAUUCACCACUCAGCUGUAAGGAUUUGUGUCUAUAGUGACACAUGAAGACAUAAUACAGACUAUAUGUAUUACAAUUCUUCUUUAUUAGCAUUUAAUAAUAUUUUAUUGUCAUAUUUUGUCAGGUACAGCUACAACUGUGUAUAUUUUUAUUUCUUCUAAGUACUGUAAUAACUAUGUCAUAUAAUACAUAUUUAACUAAUAUUGAGUUGGUGCACAUGUUGAAACAUGGGAAAUAAAAAUAUGACUGGUCUCUGACAA